AUGGAGGAGACCCUAGCCUCCGUCUCCGCGCCGCCAUCGUCUCUAGUGAUGCUAGUCGGCAUAGUGGUUGCGUUACUAAUAUUUUCAUCUUACACCAGCUACAAGGCGCAGAUGGAGAGAACUAAGUUCGGGUUCAAUAUAUUUGUCUUGUUUCUGCCCUUCUUGUUGACCAUUGUCGCUUACUGUUUGAUCACAUACCGGAACUUUCGGGUGAGGACGAAGGCGGCGGUGGCUGAUAAGGCAGCUGAAGGUGGAGGAGCAUCCCCCUGGGGCGUGGCCUUGUUUCUGGGGCUGUUGCUCGUUUUGGUGUCCUAUCAGUCUUCUGUGCAGUCCAAGUGGUGGCCUCACUAUUGGGUUCAUGAUCCUGCUGUGUUAUUAGUUAAGAAUGAAUUAGUUGUGUGGAUAGUUUGGAAAUAUGCUCGUGAGUAG